AUGCCCAAGUGUUUCAGUCCAGAUUACAUCAAUACAAGAGUUAUUAUUGACUGUACUGAAUUCCGAAUUGAAAUACCGACAGCAGUGGAUGAUCAUGUUGUUUGUUACUCACAUUAUAAAAAAGGGUUUACUGCAAAAGUUAUAAUAGGAAUUACACCUGGAGGAUUUAUUUCUUUGAAAUCUAAAGUAGCUGGUGGAAGAAAAACUGACUCACCAAUGACUAUUGAAUCUAGAUUAGUUGAUCUUUUAGAAACUGGAGAUAUAGUUUUGGCUGAUAAAGGUGUUCCUGCACUAAAAAAAGUUAUAGAUGAAAGUGGCAAGGAAGUUAAAAUUGUAAUGUCACGGUUUUUAGCAAAUAAAAAUGAAUUAUCUUAA